AUGGCCGCCCACAUUACCAGGGCCUCCCUUCUUUUUCUGUUCGUGGCCCUAUGCGCUUCCUGCGUUUUGGCGGAGUGCCCAGAUGAUCCAUUGAAGACUGUGCCCGGCAACUGUGGAUGUGGUGUGCCGGAGGCAGAUGUGUGCGACCUCUGCCCCGAUAACAACGCCAAGACCGUUCCCGGCGUGUGCGGCUGCGCGGUUGCGGACGUGGACACCGACGGCGAUGGGUUCCUUGAUUGCAAGGACGACUGCCCGAUGGACUUUAGGAAGACCUCGCCCGGCGUCUGUGGAUGCGGCAUCCUGGACGCCGACACCGACCACGAUGGCGUUCUUGACUGCCUGGACAAUUGCCCCCAUGAUGAGGACAAGACAGAGCCGGGUGUCUGCGGAUGUAACCAGAUCGAGCAGACGCCCUGCGAUAAGUGUCCAGAUGACCCCAAGAAGGUCAGCCCUGUCCCUGAAUUCGACAUCCACGACACUGGCGAUGUGGAGUGCCCCACCAACAGACGGCCGGGUCGUGUGGUCAACUUCAACAUGGGCGUGCUCUACCAGGAGCACAGCUAUGCCCAGGGCAACUGA